AUGACUACGUCAACUUUAUAUCCCCAUUCACAGGCGAACGAAUUUGAUGAUACUGCCACUGUCGUCGCAGAGACCGAAGAAGCUCAAGAUACUGUUCUUAUUCACCAACCCCACACAUCGGGCAGACAAUAUAUCCCAAUUCAACCUACCUUGUUUGCUGCUUGCAGGCAAAUAUUCCAGCGAGAAGGAAUUAAGUUUCAUCUUGCUGAAAUUUACCUUGUUAUGUGGGCGAGUACUGGCUUCCAGGGGUUGCGUGAAAACAUUGGGCCGUCUUGGUUAGAUCGUCUUCAGCAGCAAUGGCGCAGUGGCGACUUUUCGUCGACAGACGAACAAGAUAUUACCGAAAUGGCGCUUAGUUUGAACCGAAAGGUUCGAUAUCAUGGAGUUCGAAUAAGUGGUGGUGGUAGUGCUCCUACGGUGGCACUGAUUGAAAGCAUCGUACCUCAUCGCGAAUCCUGGAAAUAUUGGGACUUGAAGCUCUCCCUUCCAGACAUCGGGCAUGAGCUGAUAGAACGAACUGAGCGACAGGAACGAGUCUUGGAAAUAAUAUCAGAUCAUGAUUGA